AUAUGAAUUACUGGUGAUGUACCAGCAAGCUACAAUUACUGCUGGGACUAGAAUCGUCAUUACAGAGAACUUAUGGACAACAAACUCUAUUGGAGCCCCCUCACAGUUCUGACGCAUCAAGUUGAAAAUGUUGGCGAAACAGUAAACUGGUAAAAUAUGCUCUGUGAACAUUUCCAUUCUCAGUGGUUGCACAGCUGAGUACCUGAGCGCAAAAGACAAUAUGAAGAGUUGGCUACUAUCCUCCAGUGAAAUAAUCAUUAAGUCCUCCUUUAGGAUUCAACAUCUGGAAAACCAUCUUUGCUGCACUUGAUAUCAAGAAAGGCAGAUUACUGCAAAAGCUAUUGGCCCAGACAAUGUUUUGACCAUGGUGCUGAAGAAUUGGGCAUCAGAUCUAGCUGGCCAUUAGGUGGCCAACAUGGGCAUCUAAUUCAGAAUAUUGCCCAGGUACGUUCUGUCCCCAAAACACAGGAUAAAUCUAAUUCAGUCUAGCCAAUUGUUAGUCUCUUCUCAGACAUCAGGAAAAUAAAACAUUUUCAACAAUAUUAUUAUGUGGUACAUGCCAAUUCGCUUGCUGUCCUGAACAUGUCAACAGCACUUGGUUCCAGAUUUAAUUAUAACCUUGGCAUACGCAUGGUUAAAGUAACUGUGUUCAUGAGUUGGUCAAGAGUGAACACCCUUGAAAUGAAUGCAAUGUUUGACCAUGUCACAAUAAUGCCUUUUUUAAAUAUAGGAGUCCUUGUUCAUGGUAUACUUAAACAAAGGAAGAUGAUUGUGUUUAUUGUUGGAACAAAUUGUACCAGCCCAGACUUAAGACUGACCAACCUCACAUGUUCCCUCAAUGACUUUCAUCCAUUAUGAGGCCACGUGAGAUGUUGAUUGUACAGUAUUCAGUUCAAUUCUUCGGUUAAAGAAUGUUUUCCUUUGCACCAAGACCUAGACAAUGUUGGGACUGCUGCCUUGCAAUAACAUUGCAGGAUGUAGAUUUCAUUGAAACAUUUUUGAAAGUGUAAAUGCAUAGUAUGUAAAAUCAAACCAAGUAUAUUUCUUUCUACCACAUAAUCAUUUAAAGCAAGUCAUUGAGUGAUAAAUGUGGAUGUAAUGAAUAAUUGCUACAUUUUAAUGCAAAGUAAAACAAACACAGAAUGGCCCUUUGAACCUAUUAAUCAAUUGACAAUCAUGGAUCUGUCAUGAUCUAGUCAUUGUGGAAUCUCUGAAGCAUUUUAUUCAUAGAGAAAUGCAUUUGCAUUAAACCUUAUAAACAUGCACACAGAUUACAAGGCAUGUCUAUCAGAAACUCUGAAUGCACUGUGCACAGGCUUGAUAGUUGGGCAAUAUUGGCAAUCAUUUCCAAAGAUUUCAUUCAAGCUUGGUUGAUAAGUGGCAAGAGACAUUUGUUUGUCACAAACAAUAUAUUAACCACCUCCAUCAACAAAAAAUCUACCGAAAAAAUUCAGUUUUAAAUUUGGGUUUUGAUAAAAGCAUACAUGUAGAACCAUGGUUUUGGCUGAUUGAACGGACCACAAUGUGAAAACAGUCACAAUUGUUGAGUGUGAAUGUUUUUCUGUGCCUGAGUAUAAGCUGCCUCAGCCCAGUCCACAGCCAUGUUGGACUGUAUAACAUUACAAUUAGAUCUGAAAACUCAGAGGUUGAUGGAGUUUAAAGAAUCAAAUUGCGCAGCGUGAAAGUAGCCCAUUCAACCCUUCAAAUAUGUGCUGACUCUUUCAAAAAAUAGUUAUUCUCACUCGAUGCUUUUCUUCUAGCCUAAGCAUUUUGUUUUUUCUUUCAGGUACCGAGUUUUGUUUUGUUUUUUGAAAGUCAAAUUUGACACACUCCAGCACGGUUUUAUCACGAUUAAAUCUUUUUUUUCUUUUUGCCAGUUGCCUUCAAAGGUGUUGCAAAAUAUUGCAGUUUAUGUUGGGCCUCAUUAUGGCCGUGGAAGAGGCCAUGCACAGACAAAUCGGAUUGGGACUGGGCUUGCAAUGAGAAUUAAAGGACUUGCAACAGGAAGGUCAGGAUCACCCCUGCGGAUGAGGCACAGUACUCCACAAAGCGUUCAUCCAAUCUGCAUUUGAUUUCUCCAAUGUAGAGAGGGCCACAUUUUGAACACUGAAUGCAGAAGCUAGAUUGGAACAAGCGCAAGUGAGCCGCUGUUUCAGCAGUAAUGAUUGUUUCCACCUUGGACGUUAGGAAGGGGGUGAACAGGUAUUGCAUCUCCCAUGGUUGCAUCAAAAGGUGUCAUGGGACAGGGCGUGGUGGAUGGGGGCAGAAAAAUCGGCUAGGGAGUUGAGAAAUGAAUGUUCGCUGUGAAAUGCAGAAAGCAGAGGAGAGGAAGAUGUGACAGGAAUCACGUUGGAGAUGUUGGAAAUCAUGAAGGACAAUACAUCGAAUGCGAAGGCUGGUUGUGUGGAAAGUCAGUAUCAGGGGAACCCUACCUAUAAUUCUGCCCCAGGGAACAGGUGGUGUGGUAAGGGGGUGGGGGGGGGUAACUGAAGGAUGGAAAAUCUGACAGGUACAGGCAAUUAUGUUGUGAUGAGGUGGGGAGGUGACACAGAAUAGAGUCCAAGACUAUGUAUUGUAUCGUCCUUAGCCUUCAACUAACUUUAGCUCUUAGUCCAGCAAUAAUUUUCAUUUACUUCCAACUUUUCACGUCGUAACCUUCUUAUCUCCACCAGUCCCACAAAGCUCUUGAAUCCCAGUGUCCUUCAGUUUAGUAAAUCUCUUAAGCCAUCUAGUUUCCAUUCAACAUCACCGGCAAUCGGUUAUGGUUGUCCUGGUGGGUCAUUUAUGUUGAUUUUGAGAUGGCUGAAUACGCCGAUCCUGAAGGCACAUACUUUAUUGCAGAGGGAUGUGCAAGUGGUAUUUCCUCCAGAGAACCCUGUGUAUGACAUCUUCUAAAGUGGGUAGACCAGUCCACAGACUGCCACCAUAUGCUCCUUGACAGAAACAGAUUUGGGUCCAACAGCAUGGACUCCACAACGGUUGCAAUUCUCUCUGCUACAGCCUUCUGCAUUUUCAGUUAUCGUGGUGUUCCACCUGGUCAGCUACUGUCCUCUGCUUGUUUCACCAUUGAUGUCAUCUUCUUGGGCCAUGCUUUGUGAGGAACCUCCCCUUCAUCUGCCCACCUUGGGUGAUCAUGCCAAGAACAUAGCCAAAGCUGGUUUAGCUCUCAGGAUCUUAGGCACAGACAUGCUUCUUUCGUACAAUAAAAUGGUGACCCUUGAAGAAGUUUCCACUAUCCUAUCACAGAUGGCUGUGGUUCAUUCUCUAUAGCUUUCUGCCUACGAAGCACUUUGCGAUUCUAAUAUCUUGUCCUAAUAUUUUCUAAUGCUGCUCAGUAUCAAUGUUUGCUGGCAAACACUCCAGUAAAUUGAUUGAAGGCAUUUCACUAUGAAAAGGAUUUUAGGCAAAUAUGUUUCUGAGUUGUAUUUCAGUCAUGUUAUGUCUCAUCUCUUAUUUUUACUUUGUUCCACUUUGUUUCUAUUAGCCUUUGUUUAAAGAAUUGGCUCCCAGCAUCGCUCCUAGCUUGAAUUUUAAUGUGCCUCCUGCCAGAGGAAAUUGCUUUUUCUGUAUCCACCCUUUCAGACCAUUAGCUGCGUCAAAACACUUCAAUUAAAUCACAACAAUCUUCCACAGUGACGGGUGGUGAGAGGCAAUGCCUGUCUUAAAAUUAUAGAAGACUUUUUGAGACUAUGAGCAUGUUAAAUGCACUCUCUCUCUCUCGCUCUGCAUUGAAGCUAGAAUAAAGGGACAGUGAUGAUGACACAUUUUCAAGGACAUAAUUGGGUACGAAUUUCAAAAAAUUAUUCUAAUCCACAAACGUCAUGUUGAAACGGAAAGGCAGUAAAGAGGAUGAUACCAUUAAUCUCAUUGUGGCCAACGAAGAGAAGAGUGACAAUUAUGGAAGUUUGGCCAAAGAGGAUGAGGAUGAGGACUGGGAUGAUACUGACGAUGAAACCUCAGACGACACGCUGGAGGAGGCCAUCACUGAAGGUGAAGAAAUACCGUUCAGACCACCGGAAGAAGAGAAAUUUAACUUUUUCCAAGAUGGUAAAACCAGAGUUGACUUUGUUCUUGCUUGGGAAGAGCAAAAUGAAAAAACAAGAGGCAUGAGCAGCACCCAGAAGCCAAAAUUACCAAAAAAUGUGGUGCAGGACAUCAAAUGGAGAAAUAAAUUUGUGAAGAACCUUGGAAAAUGUGGCCUGCUGAUGGAAAUGUUGGAAAAGCAGAUUGAGGACCAAUUGAUCCAUUACAUCUUGCUGAAUGCCCCAUGGGAUGUACUGUGCUAUCAUGCAGAAAAUAUGUGUCUGCACGUUCCACUGCAGCAAUCUGAAAGUUGUGGCACCAAUUGGUCACAGGCAAUACUCUCGAAGUUAAGAAUCCACAAUGUCAUGUAUGAAGAAGUCCCCAACACUCCACCAGAAUAUUACAGCAGUGUGUUCAGACUCUCCAAAUUAGACAGGUACUUAAAUAAAGACAAUCGAGAGGAUUUCUUCACUAACAUGCAAAGGCAUCAAAUAGUUUAUCAAAUAUUAGAAAACACUACAUAUGGGCAUCAGAAAAAGUGCGAGAUUGGUAUUGAAAAUCUCUUAAGUGAGAACGUAUUCUCUGCUGCAUAUCCCCUUCAUGAUGGUUCACACACGAGUGCGAGUGACGACAUCAAUCUGGAGAACCUCAGCCGCCGGCAGAUACUUUACAAAUACUGGGCUUGUUGGGGCAAGUGGUACAAAUACCAACCACUGGACCACAUCCGGAAUUACUUUGGAGAGAAGAUUGCCUUUUACUUUGCAUGGAUUGGGUUUUACACAGCGUGGUUGUUGCCAGCAGCAAUUGUUGGAACCCUAACCUUCGUUGGUGGAAUCUACCUUGUGACAACUGACAUACCCUCAAAGGAAAUCUGUGAGGAAGGAUCCACUUUCAACAUGUGUCCACUCUGUGAGAUCUGCAAGUCCUGGAACCUCUCCAGCAUAUGCAACACCUAUAAGUUAGGUUAUCUCUUUGAUCAUGGGGGCACCGUGAUCUUUAGUAUCUUCAUGUCGCUGUGGGCAGUGACAUUCCUUGAAUACUGGAAGAGGAAGACUGCAAUUCUGGCUUUUAGAUGGGAAUGCUUAGACUGUGACGAAACUGAGGAGCGCCCCAGGCCUCAUUUUACGGUCAUGGCUCCCAUGACUGCGAAGAACCCAAUCACAGGAGCAGUGGAACCCUUCUUUCCGAAGCAGGACAGGUUCCGACGAAUCUUUACGAGUUCGAUGGUGAUUUUGCUCUUGAUCAUUGUGGUGUUAAUGUUCGUGAUAUCCGUCAUUUUGUACCGCACUAUCAUAAGUAUCGUCAUGUAUGAGUCUGGAAACUCCAUCAUCAUGGCAAUUGCUUCAAGGGUUGCCAGUUUCAGUGGAUCGAUAGUCAAUCUCUUAUGCAUUCUCAUCUUGGCUCGACUAUAUACAUAUCUAGCCCAUUUCCUAACCAAAUGGGAAAUGCACAGGACUCAGAGCAAGUAUGAAGAUGCAUAUAUCGUCAAGGUGUUUCUGUUUCAGUUCAUCAACUUCUACUCCUCGCCAAUCUACAUUGCUUUCUUCAAGGGCCGAUUUGUUGGUUAUCCUGCAGGCUAUAAAACACUGUUUGGAGUCAGAAAUGAAGCUUGUGGACCUGGUGGCUGUCUGAUCGAACUGGCUCAGGAAUUACUUAUUAUCAUGGUUGGAAAGCAACUCAUUAAUAAUAUGCAGGAGUUUAUCAUCCCGAAGAUUAAAGUUUGGUGGGAGAAGCAUAAAUGGAAGACCGCGGUCAAGGAUGAGGCCAAUCCAACACUUCAGCCCUGGGAGCAGGAUUACAGACUGCUGUACUGUGAAGGGCUUUUUGAAGAGUAUCUUGAGAUAGUCCUCCAGUUUGGAUUCAUCACCAUCUUCGUGGCUGCCUGCCCACUGGCCCCUUUGUUUGCCCUUUUCAAUAACUGGGUGGAAACCCGCCUGGAUGCCAACAAGUUUGUCUGCAAGUAUCGGCGGCCGGUUGUGAAACAUGCAGAGGGGAUCGGAAUCUGGUUCAACAUCCUGGAGACCAUCACCACGAUAGCAGUAAUUAGUAAUGCCUUUUUGAUAGCAUUCACGUCAGAUUUUCUGCCUCGCCUCUACUACAGCUACACUUACGAAAGUGACCUAACUGGCUACAUUAACUUCACCUUGGCAUACUCUCCCCCCAGUUUCAAGGACUUGAACCAGACCAUGUGCAGGUACAAGGAUUUCAGAGAUGACAAAGGCCAGUUGACCUUAACCUAUUGGAACCUGAUGGCGAUACGUCUGGGCUUUGUCAUUGUGUUUGAGCACGUGGUGUUCUUCAUUGCACGAAUGAUCGACGUCCUGGUCCCAGAUGUGCCCGAGUCGGUAGAAUUAAAGGUGAAGAGAGAACAGUACAUGGCAAAGCAAGCGCUAUCUGAGAACAAGACUCUCCUGAAACGAGUCGAAAGUCUGGCUGGAUUUUGGAAGACAAAACCAAAAGGAAAGAUUACCAAGGAUCCCAUCCCAGAGGAUAAAUUAGAUUAAUCCUCACCUCUCUUCCUCAUCUGUUUCAAAAGCAUAACACUGCGGAUUUUACAGUUCAAACAAUUAUUACCAAGAAGUAACGCUGCCCUCAGCAAGCCGAGCAGCGUUUGUGGAGGGAGGAAAAGUUAAAAAUUUCAAGUUCAUCUUCAUGAGAAUUGGAGAGCAAGUGUCAAAAUGCAGAGAAUGGAAGAGGAAACAUGUGGAAUAUUGAAGGGAUUAAGAGAUUAAAGUUGGUAUAGGUGGGAUAAUAAUGAUGUUGCUUAAUUGAGAAUGCGUGUUUGGGGCCCUGGAUAUAGUAAGGGAGGUUAAAAAGGCCUGUAUUGCAUUUUCUAUUGGAGGUGUCGCCCAGUUAGUGAGGAAUGAACCAGUGUCCUGUGGGAAGUGCUUUUUUGGAAUGCAGGCGGAGAAGUGGAAGUGUUUGGGUGUGGAAUGACAUGGGAAGAGGCAAGGGGAGACAAGGACAGAGAGAACACUUCUGGUUUUAUGCUGGGUGGGUGUUAAUGUUAAUUAAACAUGGGGAAGGGGGGGGUUAACUAUUGCUUGAGGGAAAAGGAAAAAUUUCAGAUAGGACGAGUCAAGGGAUGGUGAUGGAGAAGUGAGAAUAUAAUUAUCACCCGACGUUUUCAAUGCUUCCAGUUUACAUACUGCCAAACAUAUCCCUUUCACCAUUUUAUAGGAACUAUGACUUCUGUCACCUCCUGGUCUUCUCCUCAGGCACCAGUACCAUCUUUCUUCUUCCCAGGCAUCUGCUUUCCCAUGCAAGGACAAGAGAUGCAACACUUUCCCUUUUACCUUCUUUUCCACCAUCCAGAGCAACUGGACACUUCAGGAUUUAUUUGCGCUAGUUUCUGUUUGCUGCACUUUCACCAAUCAUAAUAUUAUUUGUGGCACAGCUGGUAUUGCUGCUGCCUCAUAAUGGCAGACACCCAGGUUCAAUCCUGGGCUCUGGAGCGGUCUAUGUGGAAUUUGCACGUUUUUCUUGUGACCAUGUGGGCUUCCAGUCAGGUGCCCCAGUUUCCACCCACCUCCCAAAAACAUGUUGGUUAAUGGGUUAAAUGUCCACUGUAAAUAGCUGCUAAUGUGUGCGUGAGCAGUGGAAUCUGGACGGAAUCGAUGGGAAUGGGGGGCGGGGGCAGGGUGGAAUAAAUGGGUGCAUGAUGGUCAGCCUGGACUCAGUUUGUUUCUGUACUGUAUCUGUACUCAACUCUAUGACAAUCUCCCUGGGAAGACCAGUGACUGGGUGACAGCUUCGUAGAGUAACUCUGUUCAACCCACGUCGAGAUUGCCUAUAACUAGUUGUCCUUCCCACCUUCAAGCCCUGCCAUUAUCUUCCUCGAGGUUCUCCCUGAAUCUCAAAGAACUCAACACGAGGUGCAACAAUUUCAGCUAAUGAUUCUGCUGCUCAUGUAAUCAACUCUGCCUUGUCACUGCUCAGUCUUUUUUGUUCAGUUUAGAGAUAUAGCAAGGAAACCAGCCCUUCGGCCCACCGAGUCUGUGCUGACCAGCCAUCACCCAUUCACUAAUUCUAUCCUACACACUUUGGACAAUCAGCUGGACACAACUCAAUGAGUCAGGUUGGUCCGACACUCCUCAGAUGGCACCCCAGAAUUUGUCUAGCACCUUGUCCUUGCCUUGACACACAACAGUGGUGUGCAUAGGGGAGGGAGUGGGGGAUGAGUGGUGAGGAAUUUCAGUCGAGCUGUUCCAGCACCACCUAUCCAGUUGCUCUUUUCUCUGCUUCCUUGGGGCUGGUUGUGGUGCAUUAAACAUCUGGCAGAUUACACAUUUGAUGGGCUGCAAUGCAAAACCCCUUAAAAUUCUAUAUCUAGACAUUGGCUGGGGUGAAGCCUGGAUAUCAGAAGAUUUUCUCGACUUCCUUACACACCUCCACUGACCUAAUGAAGGGGAAGCGCUCUCCCACACUGACAUGCAUCACAUCAACUGCUUCACAGCUGUGGUGACCAUUUGACAGUCCAUGCCAGUUCCCAGAACAAUUCCUUUUCCUGUGUAUUCCUAUGCUACUUAUUCUCUCAAGCAGGCCAAGCAAGACCCUACCCUGCACCCAUCCACCCACUGGGGUAAAAUCUAAAGCAGCCGAUAACCUUCCAACCUACACGUAUUUAGGAUGCGAGAGGAAACCAGAGCAUCUAGGAGAAACCCAAUGCAGUCACUGGGCGAACGACAAACUCCACACAGACAGCACCCGAGGUCAAGAAUGAACAUUGGUCACUGGAGCCGAGCCAACAGCUCCCCCUACAGGGCCGCACCUGCAGAAUUCGGACCCAAACUGGUCUCUCCCGCGAGCCCCUCCCAACCACAUGCAGAGCUUCCUUCCUCCAUUUAAUAUCAAUGGAGUGGCCCUGCCUGAAAAGUCACAGACAUUGUCUUCUAUUUUACCCAUAUAUUGACAUGGACAGGAAAAAUACCAAGAAAAUAUUUUUCAUGCUGCAAUAGUGAAAUGGUUUAUACAGUGACACUGUUAUUCCGCCACAUUCAGUGAUAGAAUGGCAGAUUUUCCUGACAUGUUGGAUAUGAAUACUCCCAUUUUAAUUUAGAUGUUACAUAGUUCAGAAGUACAAUAAAUUUUCCAGUGAAUCAGGAAAGUUAAGGGAGCACGGAACGAGGCGAAUUUCAAGGGAAUACAAGAAGCAGGGUCCUAGUGUGUUAGAAAGAACAGGUUCUCCAGUAUACCAGAGGGGUUACUGAAAAUGAGGUCCUGCUGCAUUGGAAGGAGCAAUGAAUCAGCACCCAAGUAGAUGCAGAUGCUAGUAUACAAAAAAAAGUGCUGGAGUAACACUCAAAUGAGUCAGGACCUGAAAGAUCACCUAUCUGUGUUCUCCAGAGAUGCUGCCCGACCUGCUGAGUUUUUCCAGCACUUUUUUUUUUUUUUUUUUUUUUUAACAUUUACACACAGCCUUGAGGAUAAGCAUUUUACAGGAAGAGGAGUAAAUUAGAAGCCGUCCCAGAUUAAAUAAAAUACUUUGAUUGACGAACCAUUAUGCUGGAUGAACUGAUGAGUAAUCAUUCCAGAGGAAUUACCAUCACUCCUCGCCUGAAAGCUCAGACAGAUUCAUUAAAAUGGGAAGGCUAAAUAUUUUAAUCUUCCAAAGAAAUUGCAAGCAUUUACUGACGUAAGUUUAGCAAUUGAAACCACUUCAAAGCAGUUUUGUCUCCGUAUUGUAAACAUAAACUAGAAUUAGUCAUACAUGCUCAUGUUGAAGUUGUUCAGAUGUUGCUGCAUAAGGCAGUAUUAACCUACAGAGGAGCUCAGAUUCCAAACAUUUAAUUAAAAUGCUGGAAGAAUCAGAUUGAAAUGUGUUCGUAAUAAGUAUCAACUUAUUAAAAUACAAAAUACAACUAAUACCAUCAUAAUAAAGCACGAGUCUGGAUGUCCAACUGUCACGUUAUUCGCUUUAUCAUGUAUCUGUACACUGGGGAUGGCUCAAUUGUAAUAAUUAUUGUGUUUCUGUUGACUGGUUAGCACGCAACAAAAGCUUUUCACUGUACCUCGGUACAGGUGCCAAUAAACUAAACUAAGCUAUUGAACACUUUUCUUUCCACACGCUUCAACUUGGCUAAACUUAGGCGCCACUGUACUGUUUUAUGCUGUAUUAACUUCUAAUAAAAUAAACAAAAAAAAAAAAAAAAAAAAACUUGGCUAAACUUGUAACCCGGAUAUA